UGUAUGUUUAGUUAUGUUUAAAAAGACAUAAUCACUUCAUCUUGCGAAUAAUCAAUGAAAAAUCACGUUCAAAUGAUCCAACAAGGAAGUGACUAUAUUCUUAUUAAACUGUAAAGUUAGUAUUAACAUUUUGUUGGAUUUUUAAGGUUUUUUGAGAUUUGGCAUACGAAAAAAGUAAAGUGAUGAAUUUAUUAACGGUAUUCGUCUUCACCAGCAGUGUUUCGGCAUUUUAUCCACGCCAACCGCCUCCGGCCGAUUGGAGAACAAAGACUCAUUUUGAUAUAACUGUAAGUGGUACAUUACGAGCAAUUUCAACCUAUAUCUUCAACAGAAAUAUGACAAAUGCAACAUCAUCAUCAUCGGCGUUAGAUGAAUUCUUUGGAACAGAUCAUAAUGGAUGGACUGCAAUGUUAACAACAAUAAACACAGUCCGAGAAAGUGUAGCUGAUACUCAGGAGGAGAAAAGAGGCAUACCUUACGUACAUUGUCAUGCAGACCAGAUUAAAUUAGCACAUACCCACCUGAUUGCUUGCAGAGACAAGUUAUCAGCACGAAAAGAUGAUAUCAAUGAAUUACAGAAGCAAAUUGGUGAAUGCCUCUAUACAAUACAGUCUUUCUACAGCAAUACAAACUGGGUUGAAAUGUUUGGUAAAACACCAUAUUUAGAUUUUGGAGUUAAAGGAAUGCAUUUGAUGCGUGUAGCCACAUCAGAUGAUGAUACAUGUCUCGAUAUGGAAAAUUCACUUGUUUCUUGUAAAGAUAAUUUACUUGUGACAAAUAUGCUGACAAGUGGUUUUCAUCAUGGUAGAGGUAAUCUGAAGCCAGCAAGACCGAAAAAUGCAUUGAAAGGAAAAUGUAGUCAUGGUGGCCUUGAUGACGAAAGUAGAAACCUUAUCGCAAAGUGUGGGAUUAACAAAGAAACAACAGUGGAAACGUUAUCCCCACACUAUCAUCUACAUGGUCAAGCAUAUGAAGCAGCUGUAGAAGCGACAAAACAAUUCCUUAUUGCUGAAGAUACAGGAAUCUUAAACAUUCUAGGGGAUGAUUUGUUCAAAUCCCUAUUUGAAAUAAAACAACGAACACAAGUCUCGCUCUCGUUUGCGGUUGAUUUUAGUGGAUCAAUGGGUGGGGAGAUUGCUGCCGUCAAGGAACAGAUUAUACAGCUUGUAACAAGUACUAUUGGAUCAAACAAUGAACCAGCAGAUUAUGUUUUAUCCUUGUUUAAUGAUCCAGCUAGCCUAAAUGAAGCAUUCGUUUACACAAGUGGCCAAGAUAUGAUUGAUAAAAUUGCCAAUAUAAGAGUAGAUGGUGGUGGAGAUUGUCCAGAAUAUGCUGCAGCUGGCAUCUUGAAAGCUAUUGAACUGUCAAAACCCAGAUCAACUGUUAUUGUUUUUACGGACGCUGAUGCUAAAGAUGCUGACAGGCUCCAGGAAGUAACAGAUGCAGCUCUUGCGAAAAACAUCCCGAUUACAUCUGUAUUGUCAAGUCAGUGUUCAUCCAGAAAACGACGUGACACACAUGAUCGAAGACGACGUGAAACGCAACUUUUCUUCCAAAGUCUUUCACAUUCAACUGGUGGAACAUUAUAUAACACAGACAAAGAUACUUAUGGUUCAGUUUUAACUGAAGUUGUCAAGGUAAUGACAUGCACGCGUAUUCAUUUUUUAUUCUUUUUACAAAAUUAA